AUGCCGGCUGCGCUGCGCCGGCUCUCCUCCGACCCGGCCAACACGAUCGUCAUAAUAAGCGGGUCGGAGUGUGCCGUGCUGGACGAGGCGUUCAGCGAGUAUGACGUGUGGCUGGCGGCUGAGAACGGCAUGUUCAUGCAGCACACAUGGGGCGAGUGGAUGACCACCAUGCCCGAGCAUCUUAACAUGGACUGGCUGGACUCUGUUCAGUUGGUGUUUGAGUAUUUCACGGAGCGCACGCCGCGGUCGUACGUGGAGGAGGGGGAGACCUCUCUGGUGUGGAACUACAAGUAUGCCGACGUGGAGUUUGGCCGUGUGCAGGCCCGCGACAUGCUGCAGCACCUGUGGACGGGUCUGAUUUCGAACUCGGCAGUGGAUGUGGUGCAGGUAAGAUCUCUUCCUGGUGCAGGGACUAUGACUCGACUCACUGGCAUGCUUUCCUGCUCACCCUCUCCCACUCACUCCCCUUCUCUCCCGCAGGGUGGCAAGUCAGUGGAGGUGCGGCCGGUGGGGGUGAGUAAGGGAGCAUCUCAUGGAGAGGAUAGCAUGUUUUGCCGCCUUGCCUUUUUCCCUUCCUUGGCCGCCAACCCCUCACAGCGCGGCAAGCCAGUGGAGGUGCGACCAGUGGGGGUGAGUAAAGGAGCAUCUUAUGGAGAGGAUAGCAUGUUUUGCCGCCUUGCCUUUUUCCCUUCCUUGGCCGCCAACCCCUCACAGGGCGGCAAGUCAGUGGAGGUGCGUUUAGUUGGGGGUGGCAAGUCAGUGGAGGUGCGGCCGGUGGGGGUGAGCAAGGGGGCAGCCAUGGAGAGGGUGUUGGGGGAGAUACAUGCUAUGCCCCUCGCCCUUUCCCCCUUUGCUCACCUGCUCUCCGCCUUGCAGGGUGGCAAGUCAGUGGAGGUGCGGCCAGUGGGGGUGAGCAAGGGAGCAGCGAUGGAGAUGGUGUUGGGGGAGAUAGUGCACCAGAAGCCGCUCCCCUGCCCCUUUGACUUCGUCAUGACCGUCGGCCACUUAAUCUCACGGGACGAGGACAUAUACCAGUUCUUUGAGCCAGACUUGCCGCACGACAACAUCAACAACAUGCCGCCUGGCAUGGACGGUUACCAGCAGAGCAUGGAUGGCACCAUGGAUCCCAUGGAUGACUCUGUCACAGCACGCAGCAGCCGGCUUAAGGUGGAGUCCCGAGGGGGGGGCGGGGGCUCCGAUGGAGAUGCAGCAGUAGGGUCGGAAGGAAGAGGUGCACCAGCCGGAGCAGGCGCAAGUGGGGUGGGGGGGAGUAGCAGUGGGAGGAGCCGAGGGAGCGGGCUGGGAGGGUUCCGAUGGAAAGGGAGCAAGAAGUCUGAAAAAGAAAUCUGCCUUUUCCUUCUCCUCGCCGUCGCAGGGGUUCUCGCCCAGGGACCCGGCUAUGGCGGCGGCAGGGGUGGCGGAGGGCGCGGUGGACGGGGAUUUGGCGGGGGACGCGGAGGUGGUGGCAGGGGCGGCGGGCUCGGACGGGGGCCUGGUGGGGGCCUCGGGCUGGGCCCUGGCGCCGCUCUGGGCACGUUCUACGGCCACGUGGAGGCUGAUCUGGCGGGCAAUGGCAACAUCACUGGACGCAUGCACGUUGUUGUCUUCAAGAACAACACCGACUACAAUGUCCGUUACGUGCUGAGGAUUGGCGGCCUGCCAACCCCAGGUCUUCCUACCGCUGCCGCCGUCCUGAAUAGUAACGGCGACGCUGUCUUUGAUUUCCCCGAUGCCACGUGGACCAACACCACUGGCCAGCAGCCUUAUGGCUACGGCUGGAGGAGGCGCAACCGCGCAUGGGUCUUUGGUGUGUGUUUCCGUUACAAUGCGACCGGGGUUUAUUACAACGCGAACACAAAGACUACUGAUGGCGGCAAGACUAUUGGGUCUAUUGCUGUGGCCAUGGUUGCCGCUCCUGCAGCUUAUAGUGGCCGCAUCACUGCUCCUGGUGACGUUGCUUCUGGCAAGUUCCACACCUGGCGUUAG